GUUGGAGCCGCGCGCGGUCGGUACCGACCCGGCCGGUCGGUACCGACCCCGCGUCCGGUCGGCUGCCACGCGGCGCUCUGUGAUUGGCCAACGGCUGCCACGUCAGCGCCACGUCAGCUAGCCGUUGCAAUUAGCCGUUUUUGACCGUUUGGACUCCAAAAAAUUCGAAAAAAAUUCCAAAAAAUCACAAAUUUCGUCCCCAACUCAUCUAUAAAUAGAGAGGGCUGGUUGGAGCUCAUUCCACACCUCUCACUCCCCAUUUCACCCACUUCCUCUCUCAAAUUCUUCCACCAUGGCAAACUGGAGUCCAAAUAUGCAGUCAUACUUCGACCUGCUCAACGCCGACCCCGAGCGUUCGACUACCAAUACGCCGGGUACCAAUGCUUCCGAGGAGGAGUUCGACUACUCGCCGCUCCAUCGCCGCUCGGAGACUGCUCCACCCUCGCAACCCCGAGCGCUGUUUCCUCCAGCUCCCGGCGCUUUCAUAGGUGCUCCUCCGCCGUAUCCGUACCCAUCGUAUCCCUACCCACCGUACCCGUAUCCUCCAGCUCCCGCCACUUCCAGAGUCGCUCCCCCACCGUAUCCAUAUCCUGCUCCCAUGACCGAUGCUCCUCCGCCAUAUCCCUACCCUCCAUAUCCGUACCCUCCAUACCCCUACCCUCCGCCUCCCACAUUCACGACAUCUGCUCCUCACGGUCAUGCUGGAGGUGCUGCCUCCGCUGGCUCGGAGAAUGAAGGCGGGGGUACGACCGCACCAUGUCGUCCAGCCAUUCCCAAAAAGAGGAAUGAGUGGACGCCCGCAGACGAGGAGAAACUGGUUAAUGCUUGGUUGAUGCACUCGGUCGAUUGCGUGGACGGAAACAGCAAGAGCGGCCCAACCUUUUGGGGCCAAAUAAGCGACACCUACAACGCCACCACCGACCCACUCCGACACCGCACCGCCAAGCAACUGAAGGAUCAUUGGUCCAUGUACAAUGCACGGGUCUCCUUGUUCAAUGCAAUAUACAACCAAGAAGUGUCGAAGCGGCAAAGUGGAGCCGACGACGACAUGGUGAUGGACGAAGCCAAAGCAAGGUAUGCACGAAGGGCUGGCCAUGAGUUUAAGCUUUUUCAUUGGUGGGAAGCUGUCCGUCACCAGCCGAAAUGGUCAGUGAAGCAUGGUGGUGGGCCGAAUAUAGACGUGUCGAAGAGAUCACGUCUCGGAGCUUCCGGUGAGUAUAGCUCCGGCUCUCGGGAGACCGACGAGGAAGCAGUGGAACAUACUCAGUUCACGCUCGACGGACGGCUGACUGAUGGAGCGCUGGGGUCGAGUGGGCUGGCGAGAGCUGACGUGGCGCUGACGUGGCUGUGGGCUGGGGCUGCAGACCCGCUGUUGGAACCAGCCUAA